AGAAUGAAUCAAGAGCGCGUACGUGCUUGUUGCGCCGUUUGUUACCAACAAACGAAUCGAAGGUGCGGUCGUUGUUUGAAUAUAUAUUAUUGUAAUAAAGAUCAUCAACGGCAAGAUUGGAAACGACAUAAAACUGAAUGCGGUCCCAAGAAAUCAAAACAAGGUAGUGUACCCUCCAAAGUAGGUGAUUGUGUGAAUCACAACGAAGAAAGUGUUAAUCUUCAACAAAACUUUGUCUCUAAUUACACGGUAGACUCCAGGUUUUGUGAAAGUGCUGCUAUAGACGCCAGAAAUGAUAAUAUAAGACAUUUGAUAAAAUCGAGGGAAGAAAGUGUUAAGAGCCCUGGUCCUUUAGAUCUUAGUAAACAUUCGCGAACUACAUCCGAGGAUGUGAAUAAAAGUGAAAGCGCUGGAUCUAGUUCACAAGGACAUAACGAUAGUGUUACAUCCAGUAUAGUGUAUACUAACAGGGACUUGAUUAGAGGUAGUGCCAUAACAUACGAAGGAUCAUCAGAACAUGAGAUUCUGAGUGAUCCUGUGCAACAACUGAACGCUGAUGACUUUAGUGCUGCUAGUACAAGCAAUGUGUUAAAAUCUGUGAAUAGGACAGAAAUUAAAAUGCCUGCAUUACCUAGUCAUGAAGCAGAGCAUGGUACUAAGAUGAGGGAGUACCCAGAAGCUUCUCUUAGAAACAGUGUAGCCCCAUUCAACCAUAUGCCAAACACAUAUCACAUGGAACCAAGUGAUCCAUGCUAUGAAGUGUGCCAAAGGCUAGUAAGAGACAUGACUCAGUAUGGAGUAUGCGUAUUGGACAAUUUUCUCGGAAGAGAAAAAGGUUUACUAGUGCGUAAUGAAGUAUUGAAUAUGUACAGACAAGGAAUAUUUUCAGCUGGCCAAUUAGUAUCUAAUCCUAAGAGCAAAGACUCUCAGACAGUGCGCAGUGACCUUAUCACAUGGAUUGAUGGAAAGGAGCCAUACUGUUAUUACAUCAAACAAUUAAUAACACAGGUUGAUAAUAUCGUUCUCAGGGCAAACAAGAUGGCCCACAACGGGAAAAUGGGUGACUAUUUCAUCAACGGGAGGACUAAGGCCAUGGUUGCUUGCUAUCCUGGGCUAGGUAGCCACUACGUGAAGCACGUGGAUAACCCCAAUAAAGAUGGCCGCUGUAUCACAGCUAUAUAUUACCUCAACCUAGACUGGGAUGUGGAGAAGUGUGGGGGCUUGCUCAGGGUAUUUCCGGAAGGCACCGACCAAGUAGCGGACAUUGCACCUAUCUUCGAUCGUAUGUUAUUCUUUUGGUCUGAUCGACGGAAUCCACACGAGGUUCAGCCAGCGUAUAGCACUAGAUACGCCAUCACUUUAUGGUAUUUCGACAGUCAAGAACGAGAAAUAGCGUUGAAGAAAUACAAAGAGGAGCAUGCGGCGUUAUUGCAGCAGUACAGCCAAAGGAAAUGAAGUUCUGAGCGUUGCAAUACUAAUGCCCACGCCACACCGAGGUACUACUUUACCACCGCAUUUCCACAUAUUUUCACCGCCCUUCAAGUAGAAAAGUAAGAAAAUUAUUUUCCUUUUGAUAGUAUCUUUUUUUACAC